AAAUAGAAGAACUGGUGUCGCCUAUUGUUCAGGCGCAGUGACUAGGUUCGAUUUUAUUGUCAUCGUAUCGAACAGCACAACCUGAGUGAAUUGACCAAGUCUCCUAUACGUCGCCGAUUCCACAUAUGCCGUCUAUUUAUGUGGAGAAAUAUACAUGUUGUCGUGUGAAUGCAUGUGUAAUGGCCGAUUUGAUGUUUACACCAACACCCUGACCUACGCCAACCGGUAGUAAAUUUACAGUCACGUGACUCUCAUGCUGUUAGAAUUACAUGCAAUUAUACACUGACGGAAGACGAUGGGGAACUAGCAAGAUACAUAAUUUCGACUGAUAGCUAAUUGAGUGAAUGUGCGCUAUCUUCAAUGAGAGUGAGCUGCUUCCCCCACUAUAUUCCAAUGGAUUCUUUCGUAUAUUUCAGAUGUGAAGGUACCACUGACUGCAACCUUUGUCACUUCCUUCAAACCAGCAACCAUGGAUCUCUUUGACUCCUCAGCCACUCCUAACUUCGGCAUCGCCUUCUUCCAUCACGAUGCACCAGUCAACAGUCAGAGAAGAUAAACAUGGCACCAACAUGACGAACGUCGUGAGAUCAGGCAAGACAUUCCUCUACCUGACGGGACUGAUUGCGGCCUGUGUAGCUGGCUAUAUAUAUGGCAACGUCGCUAGGGGCAUCGACAUAAGUUAUACGAUAAGCAGUAAUGUGGUGCACGAGGCCGUGAAGAAAGAUGCUGGUCUCGAUGUUUCCCGGUCGUUCGAGGGAAGUAAAUCGAUUCCUUUUGGGAUCUGUGAUGAAACGAUCGAAGACUGUACGGCUGUAGAUGCUGAUAAUAUUGUCGUCAUAAAAUCUCAUCAUGAAAAGAAGAAGGUUCAAAACGACGAUCAAGCAUCCCGGAAGGCUACCAUUCAAAGGAUCUGUCGAAAAAAUGAAAAACUCACAUCGGAUGAGGUGUCGGUAGACACGCUCAAACGUUUAUUCGUCGAUGAAAAACACAGAGCUGUGUACUGCUCUAUACCAAAGGCAAGCUGUACCAAUUGGAAACGAUUGUUAAUGGUGGCUACCAACGACUCUAUUGAUUUGAAUUCCAUAACCCAAUUUGACGCCCAUCACAAUGGCGUGUUGCAAAUACUUUAUGAUUAUCCAGAGUAUGAACGAAAUGUUAUUCUGAAAUCAUACAAGAAAUUCACUUUUGUUCGAAAUCCUUUCAUCCGUCUUCUCUCUGCAUACAAGGAUAAAUUCGAAUCAUUGUGGAGGUACCGCACCGACCCUGGCGGGAAAUACUUUCGCCGCUACGCCGCCGAUAUCAUGACCAAGUACAGGACAAAUGCUUCUGCCGAGCAAUUGGAGAGCGGCGAAAACGUGACAUGGUCUGAAUUCAUUUCUUACGUGACACAUUUAGAAGAGAAGGCAUUUAACGAGCAUUGGAAGCCUAUGUAUAAACUAUGUGAUCCUUGUCACAUCGGUUAUGACUUCGUUGGUCGAGUGGAGACAAUUGAUAAAGACGCAAAAUACCUUUUAGAGAAGGUUAUGAAACUGAAGUAUGAAAUGUCGCAGUUUCCGAAAUUUUCUGAAUUUACGACGAAUAGUUCGGAAUAUACGUACUCUGCAUAUGGAGACAUCACAUUGCAACAGCUGAGGAGAUUGUGGGAGAUAUAUAAGUGGGAUUUUUUCCUGUUCGGAUAUGAAAAACCAGACUUCAUUUGAAGAGUAACGACAAAUGAUUUAACUAUGCUUCUCAGAACAAUGAUAUAAAGCUUAUAGAUACCACCCCCAUACACACAAAUGUCAAUCAACAUAAUAAAUAUGGGCAAUUCCAUAAAUAUGUACGUUUGACCCCAUGCAUGUGAGACCUUCAUUAUGACAGUAUGUAAUGCUCUAAAAUGAUCCUGACGGUCAGUUUAUGAAGUGAAGUAAAUCUUGAGAAAAAAUGGGUGGUUGGAUGUACUAAAAGUUUGAUUAUUUUACGGAUUGCCCAUAAGAAGGUGAAAAGGAAACAGACCAAUAUUUUGAAAACAAGUUUGUAACUCUGGAGCACGUCACCAUCAUUACUAUCAGCUGGUCCUGUGAGUCUUACUUCAAACAUCAGUUGUUGGCAAUCACCAAUAUUUCCUUCAUUGAUAUCAAUACUGGAUGCCAAUGUUUAAAGCCUCUCGUAAGUUUUGGUGAAUCCCAUUCCCAGCAUACCUAAGGUGUCGGUCAAUAUUAUAUUUUAUUUCUACAUAAAAUGAAUACGUGUGUCCUGAAACCGCUAUAGUGUGCGUGAUUAUUAAUAAACAAUUCGUAUUUUGGCGGAUUUUCUUGUGAUUUUACUUCAAAGUUAUUU